AUGAGACUGUCUAUUGUUUUCUCGUUGAUUCUGGCGUGCGCCGUGGUGGCGUCCCGCGAGGGGGAGUCAAGGAUGGCUCACCUUAUGUCUCUGAAGUUGGAGCAUCGCGAGCGGGCCCGUAGCCAGGGUCUUUUCAGAGUCAAUAAGUACACUGACAAGGGGAGCACCAAGUGUGUGGAUGGCAAGGCGGGGGAGUAUUCUUGCGAGAACGUUGAUCUUCAGGGUUUCCUGAGCCACCAGGCACUGGGAAGCACCACCCGAUGGACCUCCGCAGAUGGUCGCGAGUUCGGUAUCGUCGGACAGACUGAUGGCACUGCCUUUGUCGAGAUUCUGGAUGAUGGUAGCCUUGAUAGCUCGCCGACAAAGUUUUCGAUCAAGAACGACCUGACGGCAUGGUACAACGACUUCGGCAGCUCCCACAACAUCGUUGCUCACGAGGAAGAGAACAUGAUCUAUGCGGUUGGUACGGCUCGAAAACUCAACUGCGCCGGAGGGCUAUGGAUGGUGGAUGUUUCUGAUCCCGCGAACCCGGUUUCUCCGGGCUGUGUCAAUGAAGAUGGCUAUGUGCACGAUGCACAAUGUGUGAUCUACAAGGGCCCUGACAAGAAAUACACAGGGCGGGAGAUCUGUUUCAACUACAACGAGGACACGCUCACCAUCGUCGAUGUCACUGACAAGAAAACACCCAUCCAGAUUUCCAAGACUCCCUACGUCGGAUCCAGCUACACUCAUCAAGGAUGGAUCGCUACAGAAGACAUGGCGUAUCUCCUCCUAGAUGAUGAACUUGACGAGAUGGACGGCACCGGCGAGGCAGCCAACGGCCACACCACGACAUACGUCUUUGACGUGAACGACCUCUCCGCGCCCAGACACACAGGAACCUACCAGUCACCUGUACGAUCGAUCGAUCAUAAUCAGUACGUGCUGAACGGUCUGACGUAUCAGGCCAAUUACGGCAGUGGGCUGCGCAUCGUGGACAUUUCGUCCAUUCCCGAGGACCCCUCGGGCAAGGGUCUUAAGCAAGUGGGAUUCUUCGACUGCCAUCCCGAGGAUGAUGAGGAGGGUGGUAGAGUGGAGUUUGUCGGGAGUUGGAGCGUGUAUCCGUAUUUCCGUAGCAGGUAUAUUCUGUUGAACAGUAUCGAGAGAGGGGUUUACUCGCUUAAGUAUACGGGAUGA